AGGCGGAAGAAGUGACGUCAUCUAGGCGCGACCGGAGCGGGAUCUGUUUUCAGUUUGUGUCGGGAGCAGGCAGGAGGCUGAGGAGAGUUAUAAGAUGGAUGCUGGUGUUCACAGGAGGUUCACAUGAGCUCAGGUGGAUGUUUACCUGCAGUCAGACGGUGGGAGGAGCUUCAGCUGGUGUUACCGGAAAUACGGAGUUUUAAACGGACUGUGUGUGUGUGUGUGUGUGUGUGUCUCCGCUUGUAGAGGCACGUGGGGACGUGACGUGUUUUUAUCUUUAGAUUCACACAGUGAGGUUGAUUAAAUCACAGAAGACAGAGACACAGUGGGACGAUGAAGAGGGGAAUACCGGACAGGUGGCUGGAUUACAAAGCGGUCGGUAAAAGACUUCACGGGACUCGUUUCAUCGCCUUCAAAGUGCCUCUGAAACAGUCUCUGAACCGUCAGCUGCCAUGUUCGGAUGCGUUUGGUCCGUGGGAGCUGCUGGACGCUCUGAACAAAGAAAAUCAAGAGCUUGGUUUGAUCAUCGACCUGACCUUCACCACACGUUACUACAAACUAGAGGACGUCCCAGACUCACUGCUGUUUGUGAAGAUCUUCACAGCCGGUCACGAGGUUCCCAGUGACGACACCAUCCUCAGCUUCAAACGUGCUGUACGCAGGUUUCUACGAGAUAACGCAGAGAAUGACAAGCUGAUCGGCGUCCACUGCACCCACGGUCUGAACCGCACCGGCUACCUGAUCUGCAGGUAUCUGAUAGAUGUUGAUGGGAUGGAUCCUAAAGAAGCUGUGGAGUUGUUCAACUCGUCGCGGGGCCACGCUGUAGAGAGACAGAACUAUCUGGACGACCUGCGAUGUGGGCCGAAGAGGAGUAACGAGGGGAUGGAGGAGUCCGAGCAGGAGCCAAUGAGAGGUCUUGCUACUCAUCGGCUGAGUUACAACACGUCUGACUCCAACAGCAGAGAUGACAGACGGCCACACUUUAAUGUCUCACGGUACCACAGCAGAUCUUUUCCUCCCAUAGAAACAAACCAUCACCCACAUCGGCACCAUUCACACGAUGGCCUCCUCCCCACUCCGCCGUUACUCCCCCCACCCAUGGGAGCCCACUUUCACCCGUAUCGAUGGACGCCUCCUCACCCUGACAGUCAGUGUAGGAGACCCCCUGGCUCAGAGGAGAGGAGGUCCAGAUAUGCUCCCUCAGAGCCGAAGAGGAGGUCCAGAUAUUCUCCCUCAGAGCCGGAGAGGAGGUCCAGAUAUUCUCCCUCAGAGCCGGAGAGGAGGUCCAGAUACGCUCCCUCAGAGCCGGAGAGGAGGUCCAGAUACGCUCCCUCAGAGCCGGAGAGGAGGUCCAGAUACGCUCCCUCAGAGCCGGAGAGGAGGUCAUCGUCCUGCCUGCAGGAGGACAGAUGGAGAGCUCCUCCUCCUCUCCCUCGUUACUCCGCAUGCUGGACCAACGAGUCCAACGGCUACGACCGGCGUGAGGAGGAGCGGGCGGGUCCUAACAUGAGACAUCACUUCACACAUACACACAGAGUGAAAACAUAUAACGACUAUUAGUGUCGUCUCCACAGGACACUGAGACAUGCUGCUCAUCAACAGGGGGACGAUUUAGGGCUACAGACAGACAGACAGACAGACAGACGUCUUGUGUGUGCUGCUCAGAUCAGUCUACAUGUUUACUGAAAUUACAAAAUGUCUUCUCGUCUACAGGUGAGGGUCACACGCCCCUGUGUGGUGGUGGUUAUCAGAGAUGUCAGAGUUGAUGACACAUUUUAAUGUAUGGGCUAAAAUAAAGCUGAUGAAACUUAGAUCCUGUCUUUACUGAGCUUUACUGUAUGAAAUAAAAUGAUGUUUGAUGCA